AUGAAGGAAACUUAUGAAAAUAUGCGCAUGCUUUUAGAUAGAAUCAACUACAACAGGUAUAAAUGGCAGAUAUGUGGGGACUUGAAAGUUAUAGGAAUUUUAGUGGGACUUCAGGGAGGAUUUACAAAAUAUUGCUGUUUUCUUUGUUUGUGGGACAGUCGUGCAGUAAAUCAUCAUUAUGUACAGAAAAUUUGGCCAGAAAGAAGUGAAUUUCAACCGGGUUCCCAAAAUGUCAAGUAUAUCCCUCUUGUAGACCCCAAAGACGUCCUCCUGCCUCCUCUUCAUAUCAAACUUGGCCUCAUGAAAAACUUCGUGAAAGCUAUGAAUAAAGAAGGUGAUGGAUUUAAAUACCUAAGGCAAGUCUUUCCCCAGUUGAGUGAUGCCAAAUUGAAAGAGGGUAUUUUUAUUGGACCACAAAUCAGGAAAUUGUUGGACGACACAAAUUUCACAGACACGCUUACCAGGCAGGAACUCAGAGCAUGGACCUCAUUUGUUAGUGUAGUGAGGGGAUUUUUGGGAAACAAUAAGGAUGCGAACUACGAACAAUUGGUUAAUGAGCUUUUAGAUGCUUAUAAAUCGCUUGGUGCCCGAAUGUCUUUAAAAAUUCACUUUCUCCAUUCUCAUUUGUCAUUUUUCCCUGAAAAUAUGGGUGCUGUCAGUGAUGAGCAAGGUGGAGGAUCGGCGCCUGUUCGCCAGACUGAACCGACCUUAGCGGAGGUAGGCGAAGCAAGUGGCGCCCCAACGCGAAAUCGUACCACAAGGUCACGCGACGGAAACGGACAAAGCACCGAUAAUGGAGGGUUAGAAAACUUGGGUCGUACUCAAAAUGACCCCGUUCCUAACCCGCAGCCCCGCACGAGACGUGUGCGCUGGACCAGGAAUGAUAACCUAGAUUUGAUACGCGCAUACUACAGGGCAACUAAUGGCGAACAGAACAAGACAGGAUAUAGAAUACGGCUUUAUGAACAGUGGAUCAGUCUUAGACCCGAUUUCCCUAGAGAAUCGCAACAACUUGCAGACCAAUUACGCUCAGUAUUACGUAGAAAAGUCAUAUCAAACGCAGAACUGGAUCAUCUAAAGCAAGCAGUACUAGCAGAAACACAAGACCCGGAACAGGAACAGAAUGACAACCUAAAUGAAAUUUCAGAGACCACCCACAACACACCUCAAUCCCGUGAACACGCGUCUUCAAUUCGCAGACAAUCACGGCACUCGGUCAUACCACACCCUGAAGAAAAUAUAGUAACCGAAGAAAUUGGACGGAUAUUUGAAGAGUACCGUAUGAAAUAUAGUGGUGUUGACUUCUUAAGUCGUCCAAGGCUUCCUAAAAUUAAAUAUAAUAAUCAAACAAAGUCAACUGUCGCCAUCAUGAAUAGAGCAUUAAGCCAAUACUUACCGCAAAGUUUAUCUCUUCAGGACACAUGUGAUUUAAUCUACUGCGCCGCUGCUGCUGUCUGUCAUGUUACCGGAUUGAGGAUAGGAGAGAUGGCGCAAUCAUCAAAUCAUAAACCUCAAAUACCACCUUGGAAGAGGAGACUGGAAAAUAAAAUAAAAGAUAUUAGGGUAACUAUUGGAGUACUACAUACAUACCUAACAAAUGAUAACCCGUCGAACAGAACCAAACGAAUAGUAAAUGAUAUCAUCCGACAAAAUAACUUGGAAGCUGGUUCCGUUCGUAUCCUAAGGGAAUUUAUGGACAACCUGAAACAAAAAAUAGCUGCAUUAGGGUGUCGUUUGCGACGAUACAAUGAGAGUGAAAAACGGCGCAAACAAAAUAAACAAUUUAUUACCAACCAGAAGUUGUUUCUUAGAGCACUGAGCACCCAAAAAGAAGAACCUGAUAGGGCGCUUGUUAAAGCUGAUGAAAUGUAUAACUUCUGGAAUAACAUCUGGGGAAAUGAGCAAGAACAUCAAGAUGCUUACUGGAUUAAAGAAGAAAUACACCGCACGCAAGAUUUACCGAAAAUGAGGGAAAUCCAGAUAACAGAGAACGAUAUUAAACAGGCCGUUAGCUCACUAGGAAACUGGAAAGCACCCGGAAUUGAUAAAAUCCAGGCAUACUGGUGGAAGCACCUCACACAUGUCCAUGCAGUCUUGGCAAUACAAUUGACCCAAGCAAUAAAAAAUCCCGCUGAAACAAUACCUGCUUUUUUCACCAUGGGCAUCACGCAUAUGAUACCUAAAAAUAAAUUUAUUGAUGAUCCUAAAAACUUCAGGCCAAUAACUUGCCUACCAGUCAUAUAUAAAAUUUUCACGUCUGUAUUCGAAAAAUCAAUAUCAAAACACCUAACAAAUCACCAUAUACUGGCAAGAGAACAAAACGGCAGCCGAAAAGGGUCUAGAGGAAGUACAGAGUGGCUUAUAAUUGAUAAUGUAAUCGGAAAGCAAGCAUAUAAAAACCAAAGAAACAUAUCUAUCGCUUGGAUCGAUUACAAGAAAGCGUUCGACUCUGUACCACAUUCAUGGCUACUUAAAAUUCUGGAGAUCUACAAGAUAGAUACCUCAAUAGUCAGAACUCUUCAAUAUUUAAUGCAGCAAUGGCAAACAUCUCUUCUCGUUACUUCCUCAAGGGACAGCUAUCAAACCAAACCAUUAAAAGUCCGAAGAGGGAUAUUCCAGGGGGAUAGCUUGAGCCCACUAAUGUUUUGCAUGGCCAUAAACCCACUAAGUUUUAUGCUUAAGUCUAGCAAAUAUGGCUAUGCUGUGAAGAACAAUCCCCAAGUAAAGAUUUCCCAUUUGCUUUACAUGGAUGAUUUAAAAUGUUACGCGAGCAACCCAGAACAACUUAAAGGGCAAAUGGAACUUGUAGCAUCCUUUAGCCAAGCUGUUCGUAUGGAUUUCGGUAUGAAAAAAUGUGCAUUCUUGCACUGUAAAAAAGGGAAAAUCGAAGAAUCUAACGAGAUUAUUUUAACUAACGAAAUAACAUUCUCACCGUUACAUCUAGGUGAAACCUACAAAUAUCUUGGUAUCCAUCAAGCUCUAAAAAUUGAUGAUGGAGUAAUAAAAAAGACUGCGGAGGAUGCAUUUAUGAAGAGGGUUUGUAAAGUCUUGAGAACAGAGCUUCAUGCGAAGAAUAAAAUAGCUGCGAUCAAUGUAUGGGCAGCACCUGUAAUUCUUAAUACAUUCGGAGUUCUAAAAUGGUCACAAACCGACCUGGAGUCUCUCGAUAGGAAAGUCAGAACAUCAAUGACAAGGCACCGAAUACACCACCCCCAUGCUUUAACCAUUAGACUCUACAUGCCAAGGGACAAAGGUGGAAGAGGAAUUAUUAGUCUCAUUGCUAUGCAUGAAAAGCACAUCAGAAGUCUGCAGCAUUACUUUGACCAAUCAAAUGACCCUCUCCUUUCACUAUUAAGACCGCCGACAGGAAUUUCACACCUUUAA